UUUAACUCUUUUUUUCCCCUGUUCUCUAGUAGCUCACUCUUCCUUCCUCCCUCAUCGGAAGCUCCCUCUCUUUUCAGAUUGAAAUCUCUGAUACUUUUGCACUCAAAACCCUAAUUCCAAUGGAUACACUACAAGCCACAUAUAAAGACGAAGAAGAUGAAGAAGAAGACCCUCAACCCUCCACCACCACAACCGCACCUAUCGCCGUCGAACCCGCCGCUCCUGUUAUCCACACCGAAUCAAUUGACGUGCCUCCCGUCACCACCAGCACCCCCUCCGACGACCUAUCUGAAGAUGAACCCGCUUCAGACGGCUCCGCGGAACCGAAGAAAUCACCCAAACAUAACAGAGAAGAACCUGAUGGAGAAGAAGAACCGCCUCCGAAGAAGCAGAAGGAAUUGUCCUCUCUGAACUCCGUCAAGGAAGAACCGAUCACAUUGCCGGAGGAAAACAACGGAACAGUAAACGCUCAUGCGUCAACUGCUACCAAAACGCCGGCGAACGGAGCAGGAACGAAUUCAAAGAAAUCGAAGAAAAAGAACAACAACGUGUGGGCAACGAAAUCAACAAGGAAAGGGAAAAAGAAAAACAAAAACAACAACAACAAUAACAACAAUAACAACAACCACACGAACGGUGGUGAUGACAGCGUUCUGAUAACUCCGGUACCGAGGUUUCCAGACAAAACCGAUGACACACCGGAUAUGAAAAUUUGUCUAUCGAAGGUUUACAAAGCGGAGAAAGUGGAGUUGAGUGAAGAUAGGUUAAGUGCAGGGAGCACAAAGGGUUAUAGAAUGGUUAGGGCAACAAGAGGGGUUGUUGAAGGAGCUUGGUAUUUUGAGAUAAAGGUUGUGAAGUUAGGGGAAAGUGGACACACGCGGUUGGGUUGGACAAUGGAGAAAGGUGAUUUGCAGGCACCUGUUGGGUAUGAUGGAAAUAGUUUUGGGUAUAGGGAUAUUGAUGGGAGUAAGAUUCAUAAAGCUUUGAGGGAAAAAUAUGGGGAUGAAGGUUAUGGAGAAGGUGAUGUUAUUGGUUUUUAUAUUAAUUUGCCUGAUGGUGAUAAGUAUGCACCUAAAACUCCACAUUUGGUUUGGUAUAAAGGCCAACGGUAUGUUCAUGCUCAAGAUACUAAGGAAGAUCCACCUAAAGUAGUGCCUGGAAGUGAGAUAUCUUUCUUUAAAAAUGGUGUAUGCCAAGGUUUAGCUUUCAAGGACCUCUAUGGUGGUCGUUACUAUCCUGCUGCUUCAAUGUAUACUCUGCCCAAUGAACCAAACUGCACAGUAAAGUUCAACUUUGGUCCUGACUUCGAAUUUUUUCCGUUGGAUUUCAAUGAACGACCAAUUCCCAAGCCCAUGAUUGAAGUUCCUCAUCAUGGUUUUGACAAUCAAGUUGAAAAUGGGGAGUCAAAUGAGAAGAAAUCAAAUGGAGAGUUGAAUGAGAAGCAAUCAAAUGGAGAGUUGAAUGAGAAGCAAUCAAAUGGAGAGUUGAAUGAAAAGAAGUUAAAUGAAGAGUUGAAUGAGAAGAAGUCAAAUGAAGAGUUGAAUGAAAAGAAAUCAAAUGAAGAGUUGAAUGAAAAUAAAUCUUAGAGUAAUAUGGGCUACAAUAUUUUUGUUUAGUAUAAGUAUAUUUGCUGCACAGAUGAAUGGGUUCAUAUUCUGCUGUAAUUUUAGUUGAUAUUAAAUUGAUUCACAGAUCACUAGGUUAGUGAUGUUAACUUAUGAUGAAUGAGAUAAUUAUCAAUAUUUUUAAAAUCCAUGGAUUUUUUUUAUCAUAA